AGAGGAUCCUUCUCGGCCACAAUCUUCCUUUUCACACAAACUGAAGAGGAACGAAGACAUCCUCUUCACACAAUUCAAAAUGUCAAAUCCACUAUCCCCCCUCUCCCCCUCCUACCAGAACGUGCGAGCCCGCUCACCAAUGGCCGGUUCCUCGCCCUUCCUCGACGCCCCGAUUGCCAAAGACCUUGCCAUGGUCUCGAGUCCAUUGAAGCAAGCAUGGACAGACCGAGAAGCAGACGCGCAGAGCCCUAGUCCCUACGAGAUCAAUCUGCAUGAAAACGAACCUGAUUCCCCACACAACCACGAUAAUGACGAAUACGACGACCAAGACCAAGAACAAGAACCUGCGAGUUCACCUUUCCGAUAUGAUGCCCGCGACGAUACCGUUGAUUUUCAUAAUAUGCGCCAGUAUAUGGGACAACAACGGCCUUCAGCCGGCGUGAGUGCGAGUUCACACCUUCAAUUCCCAAUCCAAGAGGAAGACGAGCCGCCGAGUUCGCCCUUUCGGGCUGAUGUCCGUGACGAGAAUGAGGAGGGAGAUAGUGAUUCAUAUCGCUUGCAUGAAGUACAGCCUUUGUCGCCCGGCUUGGAUAAACGGCUAGCAUUUGAAGACCCGGCCAGCUCCCCGUUCCGCGCCGACCUUCGAGAUGAAACUGUGGAUUUUGACCGGAUGCGCGCGUCGCAGGAGCCCACUUCACCUGGAUUUGAUGAGCAGGAGGAGCAAGGUGGGAGCUCGCCGUUCAGACCUGAGGUCCAAGAGGAGACUGUCGAUCUUGAGAAUGUGCGCGAGGCGCAGCGCGAGUCAUUUGGGAAGAGGCAGUCCGUUGGCAGGUUGUCAAAGGCUAUUCCUGUUGAGACAGGUAGCUCUCCGUUCCGCCAGGAUACAAAGGAUGAUACGGUUAGCUCGCAUGUCUCUCGGGGACUGCAGGGGGAGUCGUUUGGAGGACGGCCCACUCAGUCUCCUGCUGGACCGCGUGAUUCGCCGUUCCGUCGUGAUAGAGACGAUACCGUCAGCUCCCGACAAUCUCACGGUAUGCGUCGUGAAUCGCUUAAGAAGAGAUAUUCGAUGGGACGGGCGGCGCAACAUGCGCCUGUUGAGGCGAGUGGCUCUCCUUUCCGUCGACCUUCGGACGCCAAGGAUGAUACAGUCAGUUCUCAUGUAUCUCGCGCAUUACAGCGGGAGUCGUUUGGAAAGGCGUCCCAAUCUCCCGUUAGCUCUCGUAACUCUUCAUUCCGAUAUGAUGAGAGAGACGACACGAUCAGUUCUCAGAAGAUUCGCUCUGCACCUCGAGCCUCUCUCGGUGUGGAUGACUACCGCCCCACUGCUACACCUAGGAAGCGCUCGUUUGAUCAGACCCCGCAGGAUCACGAGGUGGAAUCUCAGAGCAAUGAGCGGUAUAAGAAAGGCAUGAUCAGCCGAGUUGAGGCACCGGAUAUUCACAUUGAUUUCGAGGAAGAGUCCAGCGUCAUUCACAACCAAAGCUUCGUCUCGGCCACGAGCAAUUCGCACGAUCGGUCGGCAAUUGCCAACAGCAUGGUGGAAGAUAAGCGCAACGAGGGCAUGAGCACUGUGCUGCACGAUGAUGAAGAGACCGGCAAAGAGAACGUACGCCUUGAGCGCGCCGAUGAACAUUCCAUGUUGGGUGAAGAUGAUCAUGACCCCAUGGAUGAUACGGGUUUGAGCAACUUUUCCGUUCUGCCGGACAUGACCUCCUUCGCAAAUCUGCGUGCCGACUCUCCCUUGAAGUCUAUGCGCAGUAGUGUUGAUCCCAGACCAGGACAGGCGGCCGAUGCCUAUCGUCGCAGCAUUGCUCCGUCUACCCCCGGAACUGCACGCCGAUCGUACAGAGCUAGCGCAUUGUUCGAUACCGGCUCGCAGAUGGGAUCACCUACUCCCAGGCGCAGGGGGUCUCGGGACGUUGGCAACCAGGGCGAGUCAUCCAAUCUUCUUGAUUUCACGGAUCAGAUGAACUUUUACCCGCGUCAUUCGAUGCAAAGUACCCGCUACACUCCCAACCGGCGGUCUCCCAUGCGACCUAUGCGUCAGUCUAUUCGAUCGCCGUCAAAGAUGUCAUCUCUCUUGGACUUUGAUAUCCCGGCAGCACCGACUCCUCGAUCUCUUCCUUCUAUCACACCGCGAGAGCUUGAGUCGUUGAAGUCGAGCUUCAUGUCUGAGAUUUCUUCUCUCAAGGCUACCCUCAGCGGCAAAGAAGCCGAGGUUGCUAGUUAUAAGCAGGCUGUUGCUGAUGCAGAGCGCCGUGUUGGCGAAGCCUUGGAAGAAGCCCGAAAUGAGGCUGCCCGGAAAGACGAGCUUGAGAUGGAACAGGCUGAAUGGGCCCGUCGGGGUAAAGAGAUGGAGACUGUCCUGCGAUCGGUUCGGGAUGAACUGGAAGACGGCGAGCGUGAGAGAGAACGUCUUUCACGAAAGGUCGAAGAGGCGGAGAAAGCCAAAGAGCAGCUGGAAGGCCGGAUCGUCGAGCUCGAAACCCAGCUCUCUGCCGCACGCUCGUCGGCGGCAUCCGCAUCUCAGUCUAGCUCCAACGCUGGGUCUCGCCGGGGCUCUCAAUCCGCCGAGGCCACCGCUCGCGAAGUGCAAGAAGCCGUUGAAAAAGUCGCUCGUGAGUUGCACACUCUUUACAAGAGCAAGCACGAGACCAAAGUUGCUGCUCUGAAGAAGAGUUACGAGGCUCGUUGGGAGAAGCGCCUGCGCGAGGUGGAGAGAAAACUCAACCUUGCGACUCAAGACAACGAGCGUCUCAGAGUUGAGCGUGACGAAGCACAAUCCGAGUCCAUGGCCGCUGCCAAUGCUAGUAUGAUUGCCCGCGAAAACGAUGAACAUGAGACCGAGAAGCGUGUCUUUGAGGCCCAAGUCAAGGGUCUGCAGCAAGAAAUGGCUGCACUUAAGGAAGGUGAGCGUGAGCGUGAGCUCUCGGUUUCCUCGGCAGGUGUCCACGAUGAGGAGUAUCAGUCUGCUGGAGAGCCGGUUGAAUCUUUCAACCGCAGCAUCGGCCGCUCAGGCUCGGUGUCAAGUGGCAUCCGCCCUCCUGCCACGACCGAGAAGCGUAUUCCCCGGUUCGGUGCUCCCGGUGGUCAUUCACGUGGCAACAGUGGGGGAAAAUCAGGCAUUGCAGUGUUCACGCCAGGUCGGGGUGGUAUUAUGAGCUCGAUUGAGCGGAUGGGCCGUGGUGGUGCAUAGAGUUGGGGUGUGAAUGUGCAUUCCCUGCUUCAUUUUUGUGGUUGAUAUCACCCUUAUCACCCUUUUCUUUUCUAUGCAUUUUGAUUGAUGACUUUGGAGAUGGGGAGAUACGCGCAGCAUGUCGCAUUCCAUUGCUUUUGCUUUAUUCUGGUUAUCGGUUGAUUCCCCUUCCGCAAUGAUGUUUUAUGUGAUUCUUUUCAAUGAUUUGUUACUUGUCCUGGGUCUGAUGAAGUAUGUCCGGGCAGGGGGAAAAAAGGAAUGGUUCGGGUUUCGGUUACGAUGUUUAUGUUUUUACGUGCUAUGAAGUCAAUACAUUUUUUAUUCAUUUCGAUUUUGGGGUUUGGGGCUUAUCCCUAGGUGGAAGAUAGAUCGUGGGUGAUUGUGAUUUAAGGUAGUGUAGGAGACGGAUGAGCAUCCAUGGCCAUCUAUAGCAGUAGCUGGACCGUUCAGGCUAGAUUGCAAUCAUGGAGCAAAAAAACUUUGGUAGAAG